CGUGACGUAUAUUCUAGUGGACGGGAUGCUAAGAAGAGCAACAUGGCUACUUAUUCAUCCACCUCGAUAGCUUGCUAGGCAACAUAAAGCCGAAAUAUGGAAGCUCUUUAGACCAUUCUUGUGUAUAUUAGUCUCAGUGUUUUAAACACAAUUUUUGUUAACGUAUCAACUGCUUAAUUUCAACGUCAUUUGCAUGUUAAAUGUGUUAACUUGUUAAGAUUGAUACUGAGCCCGGCACUAGGCUAGUCGCUAAUGCUAACCAGCUAAUGCUAGCUAGCUAACUAAUAUCCCCGACCAUGAGCUCACUAAGCUACUUCUCCCCUGCUAAAGAAGAUGAGGUCUGCUGGACGCAGAAAGAAGCUCUGGGGCUGAACAUUGUCGUAAAAGAGGAUGAUAUUACAGUGAAAGGAGAGGAAGAAGCUUUCCGAAUGAAAAAGGAGGAAGAGGAGGCUAUCACAUUGAAAGAAGAGGAGGAUGUUAUAGUGAAAGAAGAGAAUGAAACGUUAGGAGUGAAAGAGGAAGAGGGGAUACAGGCUGUCACAGUAGAAGAGGAGGAGGUAGAAGCUUUCAGAAUGAAAAAGGAGGAAGAGGCGGCUGUUAGAGUGAAAGACGAACCGUUUUGGGAGGAAGACGAGGCUGUCUCAAGAAAAGAAAAGGUAGAAGACGUUCUGGGAGUGAAAGAGGAGGAGACAGAAGAUCUGAUUAACACCAGAGAGAGAUGUGACUACCCUGGAUCCUCUGGGGAGCCUCAACAACAUCCUGAUGGUGACGAGGCAGUGAAGAUUCUCUCCAGAUCAGAACACCAGAUGGACAACGCUAGCCCUUCCUCCCUCCUGGAGUCCCCGUGUCGUGCCUCUCCUGGUAGCACCUUACUGCUGGGUAUGAAGAGGUUGUCUGUGCUGCUGGUGGACUGCAGGAAAACAACGGGGCUGAGUGGAACUGUGAGCGGAGGAGAAGAGAAGAAAGGAUCAGAUUUGACUCAUCAAAGAGAGAGACCAGACUCUCACGUUGACAGCGGUAAGAGUCCUUCAGGGGAUCCAGACCCAGCGACGUCCAAACCAGCUGGACUACACCACUGCUCCCAGUGUGGAAAAAGUUUUAACCAUUUAGGGAACCUGAAAACGCACGGGAGGACACAUACAGGAGAGAAGCCGUACCACUGCUCCCUGUGUGGAAAGAGAUUCACCCAUUCAGGGAGCUUGAAAGCACAUACGAAAAUACACACAGGGGAGAAGCCUUAUCACUGCUCUCAGUGCGGAAAGAGAUUUAUCCAGUUAGGGAACCUGGAAUCACAUGAGAGAACUCACACAGAAGUAAAGAGGCUUUUCCACUGUUCUCAUUGUGAAAAGACUUUUAAGAAUUUAGGGAACCUGAAAGUGCAUGAGAAAUGCCAUACAGGGGGGAAACUUUUUCGCUGCUCCCAGUGCGGAAUGAUAUUUACCCAGUUUAGGCACCUGACAGACCACGAGGUAACACACACAGGAAAGAUGCCUUACCACUGCUCCCAGUGUGGAAAGACAUAUUUCACGUCACAUGCACUUAGUCUUCAUGAGAGAACACACACAGUGCUCCCGCCCUUGUCUCAUAUUUUUGACUGAAAAUGUGUUUUUGUUUAUGCCACAUUAAAUCAAAUUGUAGAAAGUAAACUCAACAACAACAAAAAAAUGUUACCCUCUGUUUCUUCUUUUAAAAAACAUAUUAAAACAAUGAUUUAACCUUACAUUCCUAUUACUACCAACUGAAAUAAGAACUUCCAAUAAUAUUUUUCCAAUCAAGUUACAGAGCUCAACCAGGCGGUUGAGACGUCAAGAGGGUCAUACCUACAGUGGCACAUUUAGAAUGGCAUUUUGCAUAGUAUUUUUACUGAUCUAGAAAAUAUCAUAUACAUUACUUUAGGUAUGCUUCAAUGGCCUUUUUUAUACAUAGUUAAGCGUUGUUAAAUGAGGACCUGAUCUCAAACUUGGAACAACGUAUGGUAAUAUUCAGUUACAUUUGAAAUGUAUGUGUUUUUCCCAGGUGGUGUAUACAGUAGUAGUCACACAAAAUGGCUUUCUUGAAUUUAAAAUGAUCAAGGUUCUUCCACCACGUUUCCCCCAUCUUCAGACUACAUUUUACGGUAAUAUAUGACAAAGUGCAGUUUUUUAAAUUACCAUUACAGACUUUGUUUUAUAGGCCUAUAGUCUGAAUAUUGAUUAAUUGACGCCAUGAGGCUGAAAUGUGGAUAAAACCACUUAUGUUGUGUAGUAGUAGUUUUUCCUUUCUUUCUCACAGUCAGAGACUGAAUUGUAGUAGGAGUAGCUGUAGUAGCAGUAACUGUGGUAGUAGCAGUAGCAGUAGCUGUAGUAGUAGUAGUAGUAGCUGUAGUAGUAGUAGCAGUAGUAGCAGUAACUGUGGUAGUAGCAGUAGCAGUACCUGUAGUAGUAGUAGUAGUAGUAGUAGUAACUGUAGCAGUAGCUGUAGUAGUAGCAGUAACUGUGGUAGCAGUAACUGUGGUAGCAGUAGUAGUGGUAGUAGCAGUUGUAGUGGUAGUAGAUGCUGUAGUAGUAGUAGUAGUAGUGGUGGAAGUAGUAGUAGUGGUGGAAGUAGUAGCGGUAGUAGCAGUAGUAGUGGUAGUAGCAGUAGUAGUGGUAGUAGAUGUAGUAGCAGUAGCUGUAGUAGUAGUAGUAGUAGUAGUAGUAGUGGAAGUAGUAGCGGUAGUAGUGGCAAUAGUAGUGGUAGUAGUAGUAGUAGUAGUGGCAAUAGUAGUGGUAGUAGAUGUAGUAGCAGUAGCUGUAGUAGUAGUGGUAGUAGCUGUAGUAGUAGUAGUAGUAGCAGUGGUAGUAGCAGGUGUAGUGGUAGUAGCAGUAGUAGUGGUAGUAGUAGUAGCAGUAGUGGUAGUAGUAGUAGCAGUAGUGGUAGUAGUAGUAGUAGUAGCGGUAGUAGUAGCGGUAGUAGUAGUAGUAGUAGUAGUAGCAGUGGUAGUAGCUGUAGUAGUAGUAGUAGUAGUAGUGGAAGUAGUAGUAGUUUUUCCUUUCUUUCUCAGUCAUAGACUGAAUUGUACACGCCAUUUUAAUCGAUCCGGUUUUUAGUGAAGUAUGGAACGGGAGAGUCUGAUAGCGGCCUGUUUGUUGUCACGGAGAGAGAGGGUUCAGUUUGUUCUCUGGUUGGAGGGAGUCAGUCUGUAAACUAGGAGUUCUGAUAGCAGCCUGUUUGGUGUCACGGAGAGAGAGGGUUCAGUUUGUUCUCUGGUUGGAGGGAGUCAGUCUGUAAACUAGGAGUUCUGAUAGCAGCCUGUUUGGUGUCACGGAGAGAGAGAGGGUGUUCAGUUUGUUCUCUGGUUGGAGGGAGCCAGUCUGUAAACUAGGAGUUCUGAUAGCAGCCUGUUUGGUGUCACGGAGAGAGAGAGGGUGUUCAGUUUGUUCUCUGGUUGGAGGGAGUCAGUCUGUAAACUAGGAGUUCUGAUAGCGGCCUGUUUGUUGUCACGGAGAGAGAGAGUGUUCAGUUUGUUCUCUGGUUGGAGGGAGUCAGUCUGUAAACUAGGAGUUCUGAUAGCGGCCUGUUUGGUGUCACGGAGAGAGAGGGUUCAGUUUGUUCUCUGGUUGGAGGGAGUCAGUCUGUAAACUAGGAGUUCUGAUAGCGGCCUGUUUGGUGUCACGGAGAGAGAGGGUUCAGUUUGUUCUCUGGUUGGAGGGAGCCAGUCUGUAAACUAGGAGUUCUGAUAGCAGCCUGUUUGGUGUCACGGAGAGAGAGAGGGUGUUCAGUUUGUUCUCUGGUUGGAGGGAGCCAGUCUGUAAACUGGGAGUUCUUUGGGGAUUUAACAAAUGUCAGGCAGAUCUGCUCCUGUUCUGACAUGAGGGCUUCCUGGUAGCUGGUGUACAGUUACGACCGGCCUAGAAUGAUUCUGCUGCAGGGCUCUCUUCUGGAUACUCUCCAACUGAACGGUCAGGGUUUGAGUGAGGUCAGGAUGUGACCAUGAUAUGCCAGGGUGACAGGCAGUGACAGCAUACUCCAGAACUUGUCUUACAACUGGUCUCUUGAAUAAUGUUUACAUACUGCUUUACUCAUCUCAUAUGUAUAUAUUCUGUAUUUUAUUCCACUGUAUUUUAGACAAUGCCACUCUGACAUUACUCGUACUAAUAUUUAUAUAUUUCUUAAUUCCAUUGUUUUUUACUGUUAGAUGUGUGUAUAUUGUUGUGAAUUAUUAGAUACUACUGUUUGGAGCUAGGAACACUAGCAUUUCACUACACCCACAAUAACAUCUGCUACAAAAUGUUUAUGGACCAAUAACAUCUGCUUAAAAUGUGUAUGGACCAAUAACAUCUGCUAAAAAAAUUGUAUUUGACCAAUAAAAUGGGAUUUGAUACGUA